GCUCUGGCCGCCGCAGCCAUGUCUCAACCACAGAGCAGCCAGGCCUCGUCGUCGUCGGCAGGGCCUGCCGGCCUCGGGCUCAUGUCGUCCAUGUCGCCCGAGUGCACGCCGCUCAAGCACCGCUAUGACUCCUGCUUCCACUCCUGGCUCGUCGACUACCUUGCCCUGCCUGGCUCGGGCACCGCGUCCGCCGCAGCGCAGCCCCAGGAGUCGUCAUCGUCGUCGAUGUGGGGCCGCGGAAAGAAGGAGCAGGCGCCGGCAGCAGGGCAGGACGAGGCGGCGAAGCGCCAGAGCCUCAAGGAGCGGCUCGACGGCGAGUGCGGCGGCAUGUGGGAGGAGUACCGGAAAUGCGUCACGCGGGCUGUCUCGGAGAAGCAACUCGAUGGACUGAUCGCCGAGGCACGCGCCCACAACCCCUUCCCCUUUCCGCAUGAGCGCGCACCCGGCGAGGUGCCGAGCGAGCCGUUCCCAUUCGCCUCGGCGCCCGGUGCUAAGGGUCCAUGAGAGGAAUGCACGGUGUGGAAGGAGCGAUGCGAGCGUGCGCUGGCAUGCAGCCUUGGUCUUAUGCGCCUGCUUCGUGUGCCGAGCUACGAGGAGCUACAUGCGCCUGGCUGCGCCCGCCGCCCCGACUGUGCCGGCUCCAGUGCGCGUCCACCUCAUCGCACAGGCCUGGAGGGCGCGAACAGAUGCUUGAGUGGCCAUCGGUGGAUGGAGAGAAUGAAUACAGCGUGAGG